GAAAUGUGUGAUGCAAAAAAACAGAUGUACGUCACAUUCAGCCCUUAAAAUAGGUCAGUGACAUGCUGUGCUUUAUCAGGAGCUGAUGCACUUGUAGACUUCAUAGGAAAAGUAUGGAUGUAUUGAAGGUUCUGUCAUUCCAUUUCAUUUAGUUCUGAGUCCAGGUCACAGCGGGAGUUAUGGAGUCUGCUGCUGAAGGAUAAACUUGCAUCUUACGUUUGAAAAUAAAGACAUGGCACUGUGUUCAAAACUCUUAAGUGAACACACUAACCUGACACUUUCUAUUCAAAUUGAGUUUUUCAUUGAGUUUCCCUUCAUUCCUGUGGGUCGGCGGUGUUGUGUUGGGUCUGGUUUGAGUCACAGGAUUACUGAAGCUGCGCUCAGACGUGUGUAAAGACGUCUUCAGACGAGCAGCAGCUGCAGCGCUCUCCAUAUGAUCCUUCAGUCUCUUUACACUUCUGCUGCAGGAUGAAGAGUAUGACUUUAAUUCUUCUCAUCUCACUGUGCGUGUCUAUGGGGCGAUCUGACUUUGCGCCGUGUUUCUAUGAUAAUGGAGCUGGAAGCAGCAACGGAAACAUGGGGUUAUUCAGCAUCUCUGAAGACACAUCCGUUGGGUCUCAUGUUUACACACUGAACGGCUCUGACCCCGAAGGCGAGCCGGUGACCUACGACAUGACCUUUGAUAAGGGCUCCAAAGAGUACUUCAGCGUCGAGCCCAAAUCAGGGAACGUGACUCUCAUCCAAACACUGGACAGAGAGGUUCAGGAUGAGAUCGUUGCAUUUGUGACCAUCACAGAUGGCAGAAAUAAGGUUGUAGAAAAUGUUCGAGUGUUCAUCACAGAUGCUAACGAUGAAAAGCCUGAGUUUCUGGAUCUGCCGCUCGUAGUGGACGUCCCCGAGGACGCAGCUUCAGGCAGCAGCAUCUACAGAGUCCAGGCCGUCGACAGAGACCUCGGGUCCGGAGGAAGUGUGACCUACUACCUGCAGGAGACAUUCCUUCAUCAGUUAUCAUUUCGUUUGCAGUCGACACCCAGCACUAAGUUCACCAUCGACGGUCACAGUGGAGCUCUGCGCAUCAGAUCCGGAGAAUCGCUGGACUACGAGGUCUCCAGGACUCAUUUUGUCACUGUGGUUGCAAAGGAUGGCGGGGGUAAAUAUCAUGGAAAAUACCAGGUCAUGACCUCCACAGCCAUCAUAACCAUCAAUGUCCUCGAUACCCAGGAUUCUCCUCCAGUGUUUGUUGCUACUCCGUAUUUUGGAUUUGUGUAUGAAGUCUCUGUACCAGGCUCAGAGAUAUUCACUGUUUCUGCCAAAGACGGCGACCAGAACAACCCCAACACCAUGCAUUACUCCAUUCUGAGCGGCAGCGAUGGCUUCUUCAGCAUCAACAGCACGAGCGGCUGUAUCAGCUUGACAUCUUUCCCUGUACAGCUGAGGAACGAGUUAUACGAGUUACAAGUCAAGGCUGCAGAGGUUGGAGCCGACAGGUUUUCUGAUUACAGCGUGACCACAGUCACUGUUCGUGUGGUGGACCUCAACAACCAUCCGCCCACUUUCUACGAUGAGAACGGCCCACAGAACUGCUUCGAGCUGAGCAUGUACGAGCAUCCGCCGGAAGGAGAGAUACUCCGCGGCCUGAAGAUCACGGUCAACGACUCGGACCAGGGAGCAAAUGCUAAGUUCAGGCUGCUGUUGGUGGGACCUUCUCGAGUUCUCCGUGUGGUUCCUCAGACGGUUCUCAAUGAAGCCCAGGUCACCAUCAUCGUGGAAAACUCGUCCGCCAUCGACUACGAAAAAUACCAGUUCUUAACAUUCAAGCUGUUAGCGGUGGAGAUCAACACUCCCGAGCGCUUCAGUGCCACUGCGGAGAUCGUCAUCAAUCUUUUGGACACAAACGACAACAUUCCCAAGUUCUCCUCUGAGUUUUACAUCGCCAGGAUCCCUGAGAAUUCCCCAGGAGGCUCCAACCUCGUCUCAGUGACCGCGACAGACCCGGAUUCAGGGCUUUGGGGAGAAGUGAAAUAUUCCAUCUACGGCUCUGGCGCUGAUCUGUGAGUACAGACCUUAGUAUUGAACAUUGCUGG